GAGGUGACCGACCACGGCCGCGGGGCGCUCGGCGGGAAGUCGCCGCGCAUGCCCGGAGCCGCGCCCGCUGCACCCUGGGUCGCCUUAGUUCCCGCAGGCCUCACUCGGCCGGCAGCGCCCAGGGGCCCCGCUCGCUGUCUCGGAGGCUCGCGAGAGAGGCGCAUCCCGGAUCCGCCAGAUGGAGGCAAGGGGGGAGUGGAGAUCGGGGGACUCGGCGGUGCCCUCUCGAGCGGCGGCCGUGUCCCUGCGGCGCCGGGCGGCCGAGCGGAGGAGCGGCGGUCGUGGCUGUUGCAUGUGUGGCUGCUGGAUGCGGAGGCGGCGGCGGCGGCGGCGGCGAGGAGCAGCAGCAGCAGCGGCGGCGGCGGCGCCAGGAUGUUAGGGCAGCAGCAGCAGCUGUACUCUUCGGCCGCGCUCCUUACCGGAGAGCGGAGCCGGCUGCUCACCUGCUACGUGCAGGACUACCUGGAGUGCGUGGAGUCGCUGCCCCACGACAUGCAGAGGAACGUGUCGGUGCUGCGGGAGCUGGACAACAAAUACCAAGAAACUUUAAAGGAAAUUGAUGAUGUCUAUGAAAAAUAUAAGAAAGAAGAUGAUUCAAACCAGAAAAAACGCCUACAGCAGCAUCUGCAGAGAGCGUUGAUUAAUAGCCAGGAAUUGGGAGAUGAAAAAAUUCAGAUUGUAACACAAAUGCUCGAAUUGGUGGAAAAUCGGGCAAGACAAAUGGAGCUGCACUCACAGUGUUUCCAAGAUCCUGCUGAAAGUGAACGCGCCGCAGACAAAGGGAAGAUGGAUUCUAGUCAACCUGAGCGAUCUUCUAGAAGACCUCGAAGACAGCGAACCAGUGAGAGCCGGGAUUUAUGUCACAUGACAAAUGGGGUUGAAGACUGUGAUGAUCAGCCACCAAAAGAAAAGAAAUCCAAAUCCGCCAAGAAAAAGAAACGCUCCAAGGCCAAGCAGGAAAGGGAAGCCUCGCCUGUUGAGUUUGCAAUAGAUCCCAAUGAACCUACCUACUGCUUAUGUAACCAAGUGUCUUACGGGGAAAUGAUAGGCUGUGACAAUGAACAGUGUCCCAUUGAAUGGUUCCACUUCUCAUGUGUUUCACUCACCUAUAAACCAAAGGGGAAAUGGUACUGCCCAAAGUGCAGGGGAGACAAUGAGAAAACAAUGGACAAAAGUACUGAAAAGACAAAAAAGGAGAGAAGAGCGAGGUAGUGAAGGCAGCCAUGUUUUAAAAGGGUUGUUUGUCUUUUAUAUAAUUGGUUUACUUUCAGAAAAUGUUUUAGGGUAAAUGCAUAAGACUAUGCAAUAAUUUUUAAUCAUUAGUAUUAAUGGUGUAUUAAAAGUUCUUGUACUUUG